UUUCCUGUUUCUCUGCAGUUUUCCCCAGCUUUGGGUGGUGGCCGCCGCUGGGCUUCGGCUUCGCGUUGGAGGAGGGCGAGGCGGCGUGGACAGCGGCCCCGGCACCCCGCGCCCCGCCGCCUGCAGCCGCGCGCCCGCCCGCCCGCCGCGCGCCGCGCCCGCCGCUUCCCUCCUCGCUCCCCGGCCGCCGCCGCCGCGGCCCCCCGAGCGGCCCAGAUGCAGGCCAUCAAGUGUGUGGUGGUGGGCGACGGAGCUGUAGGUAAAACUUGCCUACUGAUCAGUUAUACCACCAAUGCAUUUCCUGGAGAAUACAUCCCCACUGUCUUUGACAACUAUUCUGCCAAUGUCAUGGUGGAUGGGAAGCCGGUGAACCUGGGCCUGUGGGAUACCGCUGGGCAAGAAGAUUACGACAGAUUGCGGCCCCUCUCCUACCCGCAGACAGACGUAUUCUUAAUUUGCUUCUCGCUCGUGAGUCCUGCGUCCUUUGAGAAUGUUCGUGCAAAGUGGUACCCCGAGGUUCGACACCACUGCCCCAACACUCCCAUCAUCCUGGUGGGGACCAAGCUGGACCUUCGGGAUGACAAAGACACGAUUGAGAAGCUGAAGGAGAAGAAGCUGACGCCCAUCACCUACCCGCAGGGCUUAGCCAUGGCCAAGGAGAUCGGUGCUGUGAAAUACCUGGAGUGCUCGGCACUCACCCAGCGGGGCCUCAAGACCGUGUUCGACGAAGCCAUCCGGGCGGUGCUGUGCCCGCCGCCUGUCAAGAAGAGGAAGAGGAAGUGCCUGCUCGUGUGAACGGGCCUCCCCCGGCCCCGCCCCGCCUCCCCCGCCCCGCCCCGGCCCCGCGAACCUCUGUGCUUUGCUCAAACGACGGAGCCUUCGCACUCAAUGCCAAGUUUUUGUUACCAAUUAGCUUUUCCAUAAAACCAUUUUGAACCAAUCAAUAAUUUUUAGGUUUUAUUUAAACAAAUAAGUGUAAGGAUUCAAACUUUCACAUUCUAUUAAAAUUUAGCCCUAAAUGACAAGCUUUCUUAAAGCCUUAUUUUUCAAAAGCCCCUCCUCUCUCUCAGAUAGUUGCCAAAACCCCUGUGAACUGAGUCGCAUUGUUGUGCUAAGAACACUGAGCACUAACUUGUUCCAAGCCUGUGUCUCGCAGACGACCGGCCUCUGACCUUAGGAAGGCAGACACUUACGAGUUUCACAGCAGCCUUCUUACAAAACGUUGCCAUUCAUAAUUUAUCAGCCCGCGUUCCUUACCUGACAUUGUACUGUAAUCGGCUCAGCUCUGUGGAUUGGUCUUUACUUUGUAGAGUUUAGACAGUUCGUGUGCUAGCUUUCCCCGAGAUCCCGGCCAGACCCUCCCUCGCAUGCUCCUCUGGCGAAGUGUGCUCUCGUGGGCAUGCGGGAUGGGUGUGGGGGACAGCUGAUGUGAUCAGAGGGUGAAGGCAGUGUUUGACAAAACGUGAAUGGAGGUUAAUUCACACUACAUUGUACGCAUAGCAAACGGAACGAAAGUGUCACGGGUAAGAUGUGAAAAGCUAGCUUCGUCAAGUGCAGUCGAUGGUGAAAGUUGGUAUUAAUCAGUGAGUGUUUUCUUAAGAUUUUCCUUUUUCUUAAACCUGUAACCCCUCCCACAAUUGGGCAUUUAAUUCAUCUUGGAACUGGUCAUUCCCAUAGUUGCUAACUUAGUGCUUUUCUUAUAGAUCCCCUUCUCAACGAGCAAUAUGCCUCCUUGUAUAAAUCUUUCUUGAUAAUGCAUUAGUUUUUUUGUAGAUUAGUAAAGUGCAUUCCUGUUUUCACGUUCUUUCAUUCAAAGCUAAUAAGUGCUUUCCUUAGUUUUCUAGUAACUAGAUGUAAAAAUCACGUGUUGCAUCUUUCCAGUUUUUUAAGUAUUUUAGAUAUUCCCAAACUACGAGCCUUCUUAACACCGUCUUGCCAGAUCCCAGCUCUGUUCCUUGGCCGCCCGCCUUCCCGUGGUCAUGCUUCCUGUCGCUCUGCCUAACCACGUUCCUUUGGGUGGGAAGCUGUGACCUGUGCUUGUGCUAACAACGUUCUGUGCAGCUCACCCACUGGCAAGAACACAAUCGGACCUUCCAGCCACUAGAACAACACUUUUUAAAUUGACAUUUGCAGAUUUGUGGAGUGUUUUUACAUUGAUCUUUUGCUAAUGCAGUUAGCAGUAUGUUUUGCAUGUAUGACUUAAUAAAUCCUUGAAUC